GCGUUCCGCCUGGAAGCUGUUUACCGAGGUUUCAGUUUAGGGAGGGACACUUCCGGCGGAUGCAGUGUCCAUGUGUGUGCAGUAGUGCUGGCAGCAGGCCGGUGUGAGAGCAGCACGGGCAGGGUGUGCGGGAGUUGGCUAUAAGGGUGUCAAAAGAGAAAUAAAUAUGGAGGAAAAAGACAAAAAAGCACAUCGCAAGAAAGCCAGCGGACCAAAAGCCAACAAGAAGCGGAAUAGACGUCAGGCAGAGGGUGGAGUCACUACGGAAGAAGAUGCAAGGAAAAGGAACCCCAAAGCGUUUGCAGUGCAGUCUGCUGUGCGCAUGGCAAGAACCUUCCACAGAACACAGGACCUAAAGACAAAAAAGCAUCACAUCCCAGUGGUGGAUCGCACGCCCUUAGAGCCCCCUCCUGUAGUUGUGGUGGUUGUUGGACCCCCGAAAGUUGGAAAGAGCACCCUGAUCCGCUGCUUAAUCAAGAACUUCACCAAGCAGAAGCUGAGUGAGAUCCGAGGACCUGUGACCAUUGUUUCUGGAAAGAAGCGACGUCUAACCAUCAUAGAAUGUAGUUGUGACAUCAAUACAAUGAUUGAUCUGGCCAAAGUCGCAGACCUGGUCCUCAUGCUAAUAGACGCAAGUUUUGGUUUUGAGAUGGAGACUUUUGAGUUUCUGAACAUCUGCCAGGUACAUGGUUUCCCCAAAAUAAUGGGGGUUCUAACCCACCUGGACUCCUUUAAGAACAACAAGCAGCUGCGCAAGGUCAAGAAAAGACUGAAGCACAGGUUCUGGACGGAGGUCUACCAGGGCGCCAAGCUUUUCUAUCUAUCUGGAAUGGUGUAUGCAGAGUAUCAGAAGCAAGAAAUACGUAACCUGGGGAGGUUCAUCUCAGUUAUGAAAUUUCGCCCUCUUGUCUGGCAGACAUCACAUCCUUACGUUCUUGCAGACAGGAUGGAAGAUUUGACUAACCCUGAAGACAUAAGACUGAACCCUAAGUGUGACCGUAAAGUAUCACUGUAUGGUUACCUGAGGGGAGCACAUUUAAAGAAUAAAAGUCAAGUUCACAUACCAGGCAUGGGAGAUUUUGCUCUCUCGGAGGUGAGCUUCCUGCCUGAUCCAUGUCCGCUCCCAACCCAAAUGAAGAAACGUUCUCUGAAUGAGAAGGAAAAAACCAUAUAUGCUCCCCUCUCUGGCGUGGGUGGCGUUGUGUAUGACAAAGAUGCUGUUUACAUUGAUCUGGGCCCACACCAUAUCCACCAGCAGCAGCAGCGAGCCGCAAAGCCUUCACAUGAACUGGUCCAGAGCCUCAUUUCCACCAAUGUCACCAUUGAUUCAAAGAUGUCCACCAGCAAAGUAUCUUUGUUCACAGACUCCAAGCCUUUGGGCAUUGAUGAUGUUAAUAAGAAAGAGAUUGAAAUGCCCACUGAGGAGCAAGUAAUGGAUGCUCAUACUGGCCGUGUACGUCGCAAAGCAGUAUUUAAAGGCGUCCAAGAUGAGGAGUCUGGGGACGAAGAUGGGGAUGAUAGUGGGGAGGAAGAUGAGGAGGAAGCGAAUGAAGAUGCUGUUGAUGAUAAUGAAAUAUCAGCUGGGGAGAGUGAAGAUGAACCAAACUCAACCCUACCUGCUAAAAGACUAAAAAUAGAGCAGAUAAGUAAACCACUGUUAGAACUGCCGGCCUUUGCUGACAGUGAUGAUGAACUUGAGCACAGUGGAGAUGAAGAGAAUGAGGUUACAGAGGAUGAGGAGGAGGAAAGUGCUUCGGACAGUGAUGAUGAACCUGAAGUAAGUGUGGUGAAAAAAAAUGGUCCUGCAAAACAAGCACGAAGAGGGAACACUGGUAGGAAAGCAGCACCAGCAUUGGACAGUGGGAAUUGCAGCGGGGAGGACGGGCUGUCAUCUGAUUCUGACCAAGCCGAAGACAUGGAUGGCAAUGAGGUAGCAUGUAAGGAAAGGGAAGGUGAAUCUGAAGAUAUGUCUGAAGAGGAGAAUGGUGAUGAAGAAGAAUUGCUAAAGGAAGAUGAUGAGUUUAAUGAAGAUUAUGAUGCCUCUGAAGACACUGCAGGUGCUUUAAAGUGGAAGGAAGAUUUGAAGACGAAGGCUGCAGAAGUUUUCCUCCGGCAACAGCAGGCUGUGCCUAAUCUCCGGAAAUUUGUGUAUGGAACAGUGGCUGAGAAUGAGGAAGAUGAGAUAGAAGAUACUAUAGAAGAGCUGGGUGGCCUCUUCCACGUUAGUCGUCCAGACAAGGAAUCUAAAAGGGCAGCUAACGCAUUGGACUGCUCCAAAUUCCUGGUUGAAAGCCCUCGGGACUGGGAUGAUGAAGAGGUUAUGGACUACAUCCGUGAUUGUUUCGUCACUGGAAAAUGGGAAUCUGAUAAAGAUGCAGAAAAACUUCUACAAGAAGAUGAGGAACUUUAUGGUGACUUCGAAGACCUGGAGACAGGGCAGGUGCACAAGGGCAAGCCAGAGUCUCAGGAGGAGUCUGAAGGUGAGGAUGAGGUGGCUGAGAAGGAGGUUGCAGUGGCCGCUCCAGCAGUGGAAGAUGAAAAGAAACAGCGCAUGGAGAAGAAGCGGAAGCUGAAGGAACGGUUUGAUAUGCAAUAUGAUGAUGGAGAUGCUGAUGCUACAUAUUUUGAUGACCUGAAGGGAGAAAUGCAGAAGCAAGCAGAGCUAAACCGGGCAGAAUUUGAAGACCAGGAUGAUGAAAUUCGUGUGCAGUACGAAGGUUUCAGGCCUGGCAUGUAUCUCCGCAUGGAGAUUGAAAGUGCCCCCUGCGAGUUUGUACUGAACUUUGACCCCCAUUACCCAAUGAUCCUCGGUGGGCUUGGUAACAGCGAGGGAAAUGUUGGCUAUAUCCAGAUGCGGCUGAAAAAGCACCGAUGGCACAAGAGGAUUCUAAAAACAAGAGACCCUUUGAUCUUUUCAUUGGGUUGGAGGCGAUUCCAGACUGUCCCUCUGUAUUACAUUGAGGAUCACAAUGGGCGGCAUCGGCUCCUCAAGUACACACCAGAGCAUAUGCACUGCGGGGCCACUAUUUGGGGACCCAUCACUCCGCAAGGAACAGGCUUCCUUGCGGUCCAGUCUGUCAGCAGCACCACAGCAGAUUUUCGUAUAGCCGCUACAGGAGUUGUGCUAGAUCUGGACAAGUCUAUCUCCGCAGUGAAAAAGUUAAAACUGAUUGGCUAUCCCUGCAAAAUCUAUAAGAAUACCGCUUUUAUUAAGGGGAUGUUUUCCUCGAUCCUGGAAGUUGCCAAGUUUGAAGGGGCCUCAGUGCGCACAGUGAGCGGAAUCCGUGGGCAGAUAAAGAAAGCCUUACGGACACCUGAGGGGGCAUUUCGGGCGACAUUUGAGGACAAACUACUAAUGAGUGAUAUUGUGUUUCUGCGCACAUGGUACCCUGUUACUGUGCCCACUUUUUAUAACCCCGUCACCUCGCUUCUGAAACCUGUGGGGCAGAAAGACACCUGGACUGGCAUGAAGACUGUGGGGCAGCUGAGGCAUGAGCUUGGCAUUCGACAGAAGCCACACAAAGAUUCCCUGUACAAGCCCAUUGUGAGACAAGAGAGACACUUUAAUCCAAUCCACAUUCCCAAAGUCAUGCAAAAAGCAUUGCCAUUUAAGAGUAAGCCCAAAAUGAUGGAGAGGAAGGGUAAGGUGACCAGAGACAUGAAGCGACCAGCUGUUAUUCGGGAACCCCACGAGCAGAAGAUAUCGGCUCUCCUCACUGCUCUGGGCACAGUGAAUAACUACAAGAAGCUGAAGGCCAAGACAAAGCACAAAGAGCAGCGUAAGGAGUUUCUACACCACAAGCAUAAAGAGGAAGAGGAGAAGCUGAAGAAACAGAAGGAGGCCCGGAAGAAGCUAUUCCGUGUACUUGGACAAAAAGAAAAGAAAAAGCAGAAGUCAAGUCUCAAAGGCAACAAGGAGCCAAGUUUAUAGCACUGACCUCUGCUUAUGUACAGGUGAUUGUAACUAUUGCUGUCUACCUCCAGGAUUUCUUCUGAGAACUUUCCAAAGUCAGCAGUUACUUGGUACACGCCUUUUAUUUAGUGUUGUUUUUUUUUUUUUGUAUGCAGUUUUUUAAAAAUGAAAAAUUUUUCAGAACACAACUUCUCAGUAUAUAACAAUGGAUUAAGUAUCAGGCCUCUCUAAAUGACUUUUACAUUUUUUUUUCCUUUCUUACAAGUCAUAUUGUUUGUACAUAUGUGAGUGAGCUGCUGUUUGUAGAGACGAUAUAUACGCAAUUAAAUACCUUAUUCUUC